GCAACACACUAACACUAUCUUUGAACACACACACACACACAGGAGCAUCUUUGAGCUACACACACACACACACACACCUCUUGUCGGGAGUUCCUGCAGUGCCAGAGGAGGAGGAAAGAGGGAGGAAGAAUUUGGCCUUCAUAUUGCUGGUCUGCAGGCAUGAGGAGAAGGCUGCUCCUGGCAGCUUUAUGGCUGCUGCUGGUCCUGACCAUGUCCGACGGCCUAGCAAGAGAACGACCGCGUAAUCCACGUGGUCAGACUCGGCAGAUGAAGAGGAAAAGGGACGGACAUGGUCACGGUCGCGCCAGACCUGGUCCCAAACCUCUAAAGAACCAACAUAUUCCUAGUCCUAGCAUUCCAGUGGAGCCUGUCCUUGGGAAUACUGUCUUCUUGGGGUCCUACAAGAACCUACAAGAACAGCACUCCAGCUACAAUGUUCUCCCAGGUAAGCAGGGUCAGUGUAUCUACCAGGGUCUGACCAUGUUCAACCAGGCCGUGUGGUCUCCCCAGCCCUGCAUCACCUGUCUUUGUACCGGAGGGCGGGUGGUUUGCGACGAGAUCACAUGCCCCGUCGUGCACUGCCGCCUCCCGCUCACCCCCCUUGGGGAGUGCUGCCCCGUCUGCAUGGAGCCAGAUCCUGACCUCAGCCUUGACCUUUCUGGUGACUCCCCAGUUCCGAGCGACUCCGGUGACUCAAACACGCCGCUGACCGCGGAGGAAAUUCAGCGUAUAUUGUGGCGAGAGGAAGAGGAGCACCUUGAGGAAGAGGAGCGCUUGAGGAAGAAAGAUGAGGCAAAGAAGAGGAGGAAAGAGGAGAAGAAGAAGCGGGAAGAGAGGAGGAGGCAGGAGGAAGCGGCGUUGAGGUUGCAGGUGGAGAAAGAAGAGGAGGACAGGAGGAUGAAGGAGGCGGCAGAGAAAGAAGCGUGGCAAAGAGAAAAAAAUCUAAGGGAGAACAUCCUGAGGGAGGAGCUACUGGCAGUACAGGACGAAGAGGAGGUGUGGCUAAGAGGAGACGUCUUUCAAAUGCCCCCAAAAGAAGAGGAAGAACCCGAGGAACCGGACCUCCUCCCGGCUCCCAUUCCUAGACCUCCUGCUGUUACAGAGGAUGAGCUGAAGGAUAAGGAGCCUGAAGUGAAAGAGGAGGACAAAAGCGAGGAGGUGCUGAACAGAGGUGCUCUUCCACCAGGCUGUGAGCUCUCUGAUCUCACUGUGACUUGUGACAACGCCAAACUCACGUACUUCCCUCCUCUUUACAUGCCGGAACUCAAGUCUCUCAGCCUGGAGGGAAACAACAUCAGCAGCAUUCCAGCAGAGGCCUUUAAUGGCAUUCCCAGCCUGGAGUGGAUCAACCUGAAGAAAAACAAACUCACUUCUGCUGGAAUCGAUGCCAGAACAUUUAAAGGUCUAAAGAUGCUGAGGCGUCUGUACUUGGAUGGGAAUCUUCUAGAAGCCAUUCCCCCCAACCUCCCGCAAACACUGCAGGAGCUGAAGAUCAACGAAAACAAACUACAGAAGAUCCAUGGGAACAGUUUCCACGGACUGAGCAGCUUGGUGAUUCUGGAGUUGGAAGCCAAUCUGCUGAGCGAGACCAACGUGGACCCAAUGGCCUUUGCGCCACUCGUGGAGCUCUCCUACCUCAGACUAGGCAGAAACUUCUUCCGCUCGAUCCCGCAGGGUCUUCCCAGUUUACUGUUGGAGUUGUACCUGGAGAACAACCUGAUCGAAGAAAUCCCAGAAGGUGUUUUUAAUUACACCAAAAACUUGAACGUGGUUUCCCUGAGACACAACAGACUGGAAGAGACCAGGAUGGCGCCAAUGGCCUGGAUCAACCACAGGAAUCUGGAAUCCAUUGACUUGUCGUAUAAUAAACUCUACCUUGUUCCGUCCUACCUGCCCAAAUCUCUAGUCCAUCUCGUGCUGGUGGGGAACAAUAUCGAGAGGAUACCAGGUUUUGUGUUUGCCCACAUGGAGCCUGGUAUCGAGUACCUCUAUCUGUCCUACAACAAACUGGAUGGGGAGGGGAUAGAACCAGAGUCGUUCUUUGGAUCCUACCAUUCCAUGGUGGAGCUGUGUCUGGACCACAACCAGCUGGUGACUGUGCCAUCAGGAAUCAACGAGAUGACAAAUUUACACUUCCUCAGACUCAACAACAACAAGAUCAGGAGCGUCCCUGAUGAAAGCAUCUGUGACCCGGAUCAUAGUGGAGACUCUACUUUGGUGGCGUUGAGGUUGGAGAACAACCUCAUUGACGGCAAAAAGAUUUCCCCAACAGCUUUCUCCUGUGUGCGCUCCUCCUCCAGCGUGGUCUUAAAACCCCAGAGAACCAAAUGAGUUAAAACUAUAAUCCAGAGAACACGUUUGAAACUGGUUUCAAUGCUUUGUUUGUAUGUAAACGACCGACAAAAAACACGACAAAACACACUUUGUUUUGAUAAAUAAUAUGCACCAGAAUCUGUUGGCACUUUCGCAUGUGUGACCUGAUAAAAGUACGCAACCCGUCUUGUGUUGACGUUCACGUUUCUCAUGAUUGACAGAAUGAAAAAUAGUCAGUAAAAUUUGUAGUCAAUUAAUGACAUCUUGUCGCAGUCUAAGUCUAUCUAUGCUAAGUGUGUGAGAUCACUCAUUCGACUUUCUGGCUUCUUUGUUUACACGUUUUGCUUGGCUCCGACUGGCUAUGGUGGGCAGCUAACUUGUUUUUGUGCCACGGGCAAGCUACAAGUGGCUAACACGUUCAUGGGGUUGUUAAGUCAUAAGAAUUGCUGAUGCAGCAAAGGAACUCAGCAGCAGUCCACCCUCUCAUGCAGCCCCCCCCCCCAAAAAAAAAAUCCUAGGGACCCUGUUAUGACAGAGAACUCAAAUAAAAACUAUACACAAUUUUCUGAUUAUAGUUUGGUAAUAGUUUCUUGUAAACUGCAAUAGCAAGAAUUAUAAACUCACCACUGGGCAUUUUCAAGACAAUUAACAUCAAAGUAUUUAAAUUAUACUUUCCAUAAAAAAAAACUACUCAGAGAUCUUAAACUCUGAUUGUGUGUGAAACAUCAUUUCAACAUUACAAAGCUUUUUCUUGAGUCCAAGUGUCUCUGAUGAUUACACAAUGUCCUCCCUAAUGUAAUACCACACAAAAACUCAAAAGGACUUUAUUGUCAAAUUUUCCACUGACAGCCUGAGGUUGAAGAUCAAAAAUUACAGUGGCAGGGGCAACUAAAUUAUCAUCCUUUCUUGGUAAGACAACGUAUGAACAUUAGAUAAUUCAGAGCAGAUGACAAAUAAAAGUGUAAUGAGAUGUGCUCAGCUCUUAGAAGCUGGAGAACGACUUCUUAUAAGCUGAAGUUCAUCAUUUGAAGUUGGGGCCCACAGUUCAAGAUUAUUCAUUCAUUUUCUACCAUUUAUCCUCACGAGGGUCGCAGGGGUGCUGGAGCCUAUCCUAGCUGUCUUCGGGCGAGAGGCGGGGUACACCCUGGACUGGUGGCCAGCCAAUCACAGGGCACAUAUAGACAAACAACCAUUCACACUCACAUUCAUACCUAUGGACAAUUUGGAGUCGCUAAUUAACCUAGCAUGUUUUUGGAAUGUGGGAGGAAACCGGAGUACCCGGAGAAAACCCACGCAUGCACGGGGAGAACAUGCAAACUCCACACAGAGAUGGCUGGAAUUGAACUUGUGUCUCCUAGAUGUGAGGUCUAACCACUCGACCGCCGUGCAGACCCAUUUCAAGAUUGUUUUUGAUGAAAAUAUGAACGUCAUAUGUGUCACAUUCAUACACUUGAGACAGUGAAAGUAUGUACAAAUGAUAAUGUUUCCAAAACAAUCCCUGUUACUAUGGAUCUGCCGUAACAACUGAAAGUGAUGUACAAUGCAUGUCAGUCCAGCGGCCGGUCAUAUCAAUUCAGAA